CUCCCCCAGAGAAGUGAGGAGCAACGUUGAUAAGAACCAAGCCAACACUGGCCCCAAAAGCGUUCCAACUCAACGCACCUCGCAUCACGUCGCAUGUCUUGGCAAAAGCAAAAAGUGUUCUCUAGGAAGUGAUGGAUAACCGAAGUCGCCACCUUAGAAUGCCUUGAGCAUUGGCUAUCUCGAUUUGCUUCGGUGGAAGUAGCUUCGAUCCGGUGUCAGCUAGAUGGGUUUGGCGUUUUUUGAUCUCGGCUGAUCACGCGUUGGACCCGGAGGUGGGGAUUCGCCGUGAGGUUCGUUGAUUGCUCUGGAGUUUGGAAAGAGUUAGUCCUGUUCUGGUUAGAGCAGGUGGAGGACAAAGGAGGGAAUUAUCAAGUAUGGAUCCUGUAUGUGACUUCUGUGGUGUAGUGAGGGCUGUGGUGUACUGCAAAUCGGACUCGGCCCGCCUUUGUCUGCAGUGCGACGGAUGCGUCCACUCUGCUAAUUCGCUCUCCCGUCGUCAUGCGCGCUCUUUGCUGUGUGACAAGUGCUGUUCGCAGCAUGCCACGGUUCGAUGUAUGGACGAGAAACUGUCGCUGUGUCAAGGCUGUGAUUGGAGUGGCAAUGGGUGCUCCGGGCCUGGACACCGCCGCCUGGUGCUGAACUGCUACACGGGUUGUCCUACGUUGUCCGAGUUCGCGAGUAUAUGGUCCUCGGUUCUUGAUCCGCCUUGUUCAAGUGAUUUGGAUGGCAGGUGGGGGCCGCUGAGCGCUCUGCCAAUGGAUGGCAACGGCAUGAGCAACUUGUUGGAGGAUAGGGACUGCGAGGGCUCAUAUGGGACGGCGAUGGGCAAGCGAAAUGAGUUUGGGCCUUGGAUGGGGCCGACUGCAUUGUUGACACCUAAUGCAAACUAUACCCAAUUGUGCAAAGAUCAAGCACCUUUCACUGCUCAGGAACUUAAUUUGCCCAAGGUGCCCUUUGGUUGUUCCAGUUCCAAAAAUCUUGGGUUUCAUGGGAGCAGCGAUCUUUGCCAGAGUCUCGCCAUGGAAAACAUCCCCCGUCAUGGACUUGGUGAUGAGAUUUUGGGCUAUCAACCUAGUCAAAACAGGUUUCUUUUUGAAGAUGGAGAUAUGGAGUGCCUUUUGAUGGAGAAAAAUCUGUCUGCUACCGAGUCAAAUGGACCUGUUGAGAAUGCCAUGGAGGCAUCAUCCUCGGCACAACAGGACUCGGUAUCUUUUCAUUCCUCUUACGUGGGCAGUUCAGUUAACGGGGUGCAGUCUAUGAAGGGAGGCGCUAAUUGCCUGCUUAUGAGUCCUGGGUGUAAAAGAAAUUUAAAUUUUGGAUAUCCUACUGGCCCGGUUCAUUCAAGCAUAUCGCUAUCCUUGUCGAAUAUCACCGGGGAAAGUAGUGCAGCUGAUUACCAAGACUGUGGACUGUCACCGGUAUUUCUAACUGGUGAAUCGCCAUGGGAAUCAAACCUAGAGGCUAGUUGUCCGCAGGCAAGAGAUAAAGCUAAGAUGAGAUACAAUGAAAAGAAGAAAACAAGAACGUUUGGAAAACAAAUAAGAUAUGCCUCUCGGAAAGCCAGAGCAGACACGAGAAAACGUGUGAAAGGUAGAUUUGUAAAAGCGGGGGAAGCACAUGAUUAUGACCCUCUCGGGACAAGGGACUUCUGAUCCGCAUCACAAAAUUUAUCCUUGAAAGACAAGUUCAGACAGAA